CGUUGUUUCUUUGGAAAAUUCAAUAAAAUAAGAAAAGUAUAAGAAAGCAAUGGCUCAUUUGAUACGUGCGGUAGGAUUCAAACCUGUUGGUGUGAUAACUAGGAACUUUAACAAAAUCGUAAUUACGGACGACGGAUCUACGAUAGUUGCACUUCACAGAGACCAAGAAUUCCCAUACGAACAUUCAAGACCUCUUCCUGAUGAAGUUAAGGACGAAUCUAUCCUGAGAAUGUCUGAUUACAAGGAGGUGAAGAGAGUUUUCCAUAAUGUUAAACCGGAGAUAGCGAGGCAACAUUUAUCUGCAAUGACACUGACUACGAAGCACCGCUGGUUCCCGAGAGCGAGAGACAAAAAAGCUAAGAAUACUGAAAUGGACAGGCCAUACUUGUAAUUAAAGAAAAAUAAA